UUUUUUUUUUUAAAGAGUUUCAUCACAUAGCUCAGGUCUUGAACUUUCCAUCCUCUUGCCUCAGUGCUGGGAUUACAGUUGUUCACCACAAUGCCUAGUGUAAAAUCUAAAACUUACUUCAGCCAGAUCACAUUCAACUCAAAAGAACUAGAUGGAACAUGUCUCCAAGCUAAGUUGUUCAAAAUUUAAGUUAUGAAACUGACUUCUUCAUUAACCUGUGGCAACUCAAAGGCCUUCUCAGUCUAGCCUGGUCCAAUUUAGUGGAAAAGGCAGGUGUAUGCACCAGCCCGGCACCUCCCUCCCUGACAUUUCGGCACCUUCGGCAGGGCCACUGCAAUUGCUCCCGCCAUGACCCAACCUCUGCCGCCUGUUGAGACACUUAGUUGCCAGUCUUGGCGCCAGGGAGAGGCUAGGGGUGCUCCCCGCUCAUUGGUCAGUGGAAAGCUUCGGACAAGACCUUGCUACAAUGGCCGGAGAACGAAAAUCCAUUGGCUAGGACCAUUCAAAAUGCGCCCACUCACCACGCGCAACGUUCUUCUGAUUGGUUCACUGCCUGUCUCCAAGACACCGGGGUGACUUGACCUCUGGAACCCUCGCCCUCCGCCAACUUGUCUCCCCAUUGGCUGUCGUGGCGCACGAGAACUGAACAGUAAGUUCCAGAGCCUGCCGCGGGACGCCAGUCGUGUGCCGGGAAGGCGACCCUGCUGCGUGCGUGAGCCAGACCUCGUGUGAGGCUGGCGGACGAAGGCCUGCUGUGGAAGACGCCGCGCUCUGAGACCUGCUCUGCAACCCAGCUCAGGCCUCGCCGCGGAGUUCUUCAUCUCCAUCCUUGGAAGCCAGCCCUAUACAGUGCAAAUUUCAGUUGAGAGCCGGACGGAGGAGUGUUGGAGACUGAAUUCCGAAGGAAAAUGUUCUAUUAUCCCAACGUGCUUCAGCGCCAUACCGGCUGCUUCUCCACCAUCUGGCUGGCAGCGACGCGUGGCAGCCGGUUGGUGAAGCGCGAAUACCUGAAGGUGAACGUGGUGAAGACGUGCCAGGAAAUCCUCGAUUACGUAUUGGUCCGAGUUCAACCCCCAAUGCCUGGCCUGCCACGACCCCGCUUCUCGCUGUAUCUCUCGGCCCAGCUGCAGAUUGGCGUGAUCCGGGUCUACUUCCAACAAUGCCAGUACCUCGUGGAGGACAUCCAGCACACACUGGAGCGCCUGCACCGGGCCCAGAUGCAGAUCCGCAUUGAUAUGGUAGACACAGACCUACCCAGCCUGCUGCUUCCCAACUGCCUGGCCAUGAUGGAGACCCUAGAAGAUGCUCCGGAUCCCUUUUUUGGAUUGAUGUCCGUGGAGCCCAGCCUUCCUAGCCCUUUCAAUAUUCCUCAGAUUCGACAUCUUUUAGAGUCUAAAACUCCAGAGAGAGUUCCUGAGGAGAUCCCUCCUGUAGAACUUAUGAAGCACAGGAAGCCAGAAAAGACCUUGGUCACUGUGGUAUCUCCUGAGUCCAUCACCCUGAAGGAGGUGGAACCCAUACGCAUACUACAAAUUGAGGGUGAACAGGAUCUCCCAGAGGUCAGCCACCAGGACUUGGAGCUGCUCAUUGCAGAGGAAGAUGAAGCGAUCUUGCUAGAGGAACGUCGGCAAGAAUCCAAAGAAGUGCCCCGGAUGCUGGAGGGUGACACUAUAGUACCCUCACUCUCACCUCCAGUUCCUAUGCAGGUAGAAGGGUUAGAAGAGCUAGUUCCAGGCCAGGUCUUGGGCCCUGAAGAGCCAAAGCCAAUAGGCUGGGAGCCUAGAGUCCUACUUCCAGAGGUGACGCCCCCACAGGAGUUGCAUCUGCCAGCUGCACCUAGCCCAAAGAGGAAGGCUCCAUCUCCUGGGGGGCCACCUGCUCGCCGUCGCCGCCGCCAGUUACUGUUCUGGGACAAGGAGACUCAGAUCUCCCGGGAGCAAUUCCAGGAACAACUGCAAACCAGAGCUCACUGCUGGGAGUGUCCAAAGGUACAGCCUCCCAAGAGGAUGACCAGGAGCCCUGCAGAGCUGUUCAGAACCCCGACUCUCUCUGCCUGGCUACCUCCAGAGUUACUGUCUCUCUGGACCCACUGUGCCCGGGUACCCCCCAGAAUACAGAGGCCACCUACAGAGGUUGAAGAGGAACCUGAUGUGGAAGGCAAAAAGGCUGAAACUCCAAGUGAUAUUGAGGUCCUAAGAGAAGCCCAGGAGCCCAGUGGGCCCCUCAUGUUGUCUUCAGAGCUUUCCCUAGAAGCAGCUGAAGAGGAGAGGUCUCGUACCAGUCUUGUUCCUCCAGAAGAACGGUGGGGCUGGACUGAGGCAGAGCAGCCAGAGCCCCCUGCAUUGCCGGUGGUGCCUGAACUCCCUGAGAUGCUCAUGGAAUUGCCUUUGGAGCUGCCCCCAGAGCCUGAGCUGCUCACUUUGGGGGCUGUGCACAGGUACCAGGAAAGUGGGUGUGUGUCAAUAGGGUGGACCCUAAGGCUGAGGCCCCAGCUAACAGUUCUUGAUCCCAAUAGGGCAGUGGCACUAGGACUGCAGGCCAACCAGAAAUUGGACUUCAGCAGCCUUGUGCCUCCUCUUAGCCCCCGCAAAAUGGCUGCCCGGGUCUUCUACCUGCUCCUGGUGCUGUGUGCACAGCAGAUCAUUCUUAUGGAACAAGAGGAGCCAUAUGGGCACAUCCUGAUUCAACCGGGGCCCAAAUUCUACCAAGGGUAGAGCCCAUUUGCAAAGCUGUAAGAAACCAGCUUCAUUAAACCAUCUUCUGUCUC